UUUAUAGACAAACUGUAUUUGUUUUCGUGACAUUUCCAUAUGAUAGUUAUUCAGAGGUCACACACAACACAAACAAAAUGACAAAUAUAGAAUUGGAGAAUCGAAACCACUGGCUGACCAAGUAAUCUUCAGUGAUACUUUAGAAAACAGACCUUCUCAUCUCAAGAGAAAGGGAAACUUUUGAUUUAAAUAACUGUUUAUUCGUAUCCUGGCAAACAAUCAAUUGUUUGUCAAAAAAGUGAAUUGCCUAAAAAGGUAUAAUUGAAAUGUCAUGUGAAGUUGAAAUUAUUGGUGAUUGUGGAGAUACUUCUACUUUGGGAAGAGCUCUUUUUAUUGAAGAUAAAGAAGUUUCAGAUUCCAAUUGGCUUUCCCAAUGCUCAGUUUCAUUAUCGCCUUGCAGUAACUUACUAGCUGUGGGCUAUAAGUCACGUCUUUGUUUGCUAAACAGUCAGUGGAUUAGUUCUACUGAUAGUACAACAUAUUUGAUUUCUUGGAAUGGAACAUUGUCUUCUGAAAUAACAGUCCUUUCAGUACUACCAAUAUGCCCAUCACAACAAUCAUCACAGAAUGGACCUGAUUGGUUUUGCAUAAUAGUAGGCUUUAAAAAUGGUAAUGUUGCAUUUUAUACUGAUACUGGCCAUUUACUUUUGUCUGAAAAGCUGGAUGAUAAGCCAGUUAUGAAAAUUACCUGUCACACUGGAACUUAUGGCACAUUACCGGAUGAUAUACAUAUAUUGUUUCAAACAUCUCAAUGCAUUAUUUCGGGAUCGACUUUGUUUCAAACAUUAAGAAAUGCAAAAUCACAACUAGCCAAGGUUCAAGCUGGUAUACAAGCUGAAUUUAACAUUGACACUCGCAGUAUAAAUAUACGUAAGUGGUCUUUUUCUGAUCAGGAAGUCAUUCAAGAUGCUGCCGUUGUGGGUCUAGAGCUGAAGAACACAUAUGAUCAUUUGUUGGCAGCAUCCACAUACGGAGGAUAUGAUACCUGGUACCGGUCUGUACCUCCAGUAAAUUCCCUUAUACUUGGUGCAGGCACGAAACCUUAUGUUGGUUUCCAUUACGCUUUAGAAGGAGGAACGACUCCACCACUUCAAGAUGUUGCAAGAGCAGUAGCAAACAAAAUAAAGUCUGCACUACCUGGUUGGUUAGGUGGAGGAAAUUCAGAAACUGCGACUGCUAAUACAGAAUCGCUUGUUCGAUCAGAAUCUCUUUCAUUGCGUAAUGGGUUACUUGACGCUCAAAGACAGGGAGCUACGGUAGCUGUAUCGCCCGAUCGGCGAUUGGCUGCUUUCACUGACAAUUUUGGAAGAGUUGCAGUGUUGGAUAUUAAAAAAGGGCAUUUGAUUAGAAUGUUCAAAGGAUAUAGAGAUGCACAAUGCGCAUUUGUACAGAUUUUCGACGUAGAUAAAAAGACACCUUAUAUGGCUGUUGUCAAGGAAAUCAAAAGAGCUACAUUUUUGAUCAUAUAUAAUCCGAAGAAAGGUUUAAUAGAUAUAAGAUUGAUGCAAAAAGGUAAUAGAGUAGCUGUUUUUACCGCUACUAAAAAUGGAAAACUUAUCUACAAUACUUGCGGAUUAGUAGGAGCCGAAAAAAAUUAUACCCACAAAAAAAUCAAUUUACCAGAUUUUCAAUGUGUAUUAAUAGACCCUGAUGGAAAAUUGAAAAAAAUUAACAUUCCUUUUUUCUAUGCCUUGGAAGGUGAAUAUUCUGAAAGAUCAAAAGACUUGCACACUCUACGCGACUUACGUGAACUUAUAAAGAAAACACCUAAAAAAGCAGAGGGCCAUGAGGAAGAAAUAAUUAAGAAAGCUGCAGAAAUUAAUACUUUAGAUCUGAAAAAACACUGUUUAGAAAUGUUGAUAAAAAGUUAUGAAAUCCCUGUGAACAUACUAAUGUCCUGUUUGUCAAUAUUUUGGGAUAGUUUAAAUGACGAAAGUGCACAAGUGCAGGAAAUGAAAUCCUAUUUUGCAAACUUGGGUCUUUUGACUCUAUUUUAUCUAAAUAUCAAUAAUGAGAAUACGGAUGAUAUAUUGGAACUUUCUAACAAAUUACACAAAAGCAAAAACAUUAACAGCUUAACGCAUAUUUCAGAAAAUUUGCUAGACGAAUUUAAUGACUUUCACCUUUUGGAAGAUGAUAGCUGUAUAUUAGAACGACUUCUGCUUUUAGUACAAGAAAAUGAUUACAAAGAACGACAACACGCUAGAGUUACAUUUGCAGACAGCCGAACAACAUGCUAUAAGGAAUUUGUUUCUUGUUUUGAUUUAGAAACAAACUCGAAAUACAUAACAUUAAAAUCUGAUACUACUGAAGAAAAAUUAAAGAGUUUAGCUACAGACACUUUUGAAUCGAUUUUCAAAAUCGAAAACAAAACUGUGAUUAGUGAUUUUAUCAAAACCAGUUAUAUUGAACCGAAAAGUAUUGUCAAACUCUUAAUCAUGCAUUUAAUGGAUAUGCCAUUAGAACAAAUUACUAUAGAAGUUAUCGAAAAAAUUGUAGAAAUUUUAUUCUACGUUUGUCGGGUGGACGAUGAGGCCACAGAUGUCAUCUACAACGAUGUAUCUCCAUGGUGGCAAUAUAUCCGAGAUAUUUUAGUAGACAUGACAUGCCCAUUACGCAGUUUGAUAGUUGCAAUGGCUUGUAAAGCAGUCGGUAGAAUAUUUGAGAGCAAACUUAUUGAAAGAGACGAGGAUGCAUGGGAAUCUGUUACUACGGAAAAUGCUAAAUGGGGAAUAUUAAUUGGAAAAUUGGAAGAUAUUUCCAUAUUGAGCAUCAUUUUAAUGUUUAAAGAUAAAUUUAAUGGAACGAAAAUACCCAAACUACAGUUUAAUGACAUAAAAAUCAAUCUUAGAUUUAUUUAUACCAGAGGUAAAGGUUCCGUCACAGAAUUAAUAGCAAAGUGGCUUUGCAAUAUGGCAGUUCUACCGGAAGCUGUAGUCGCAAACGAGCUGCUAGAGAGACAGGCAUCCAAACAUUUUGAUCAUCUUAUCGAAAAUGAAUUUGAUGAUAGUAUGGAUAAUAUAUUCGUAGAAAAUCAUCGCUUUUUAGUAGACGACAAUCCAAAAAUCUUUAAAUGGCUUUCUUUACUCCGUCGGCAGUUUCCGUUAAGCACAAGAGCUGCAUAUUUAGUAGCAAACAUGUGUUGGGAGUAUGCAAUAGCUUGGCAAAAGAGCAUGCAUAACGAUGAACUUCAAUCAAUGCUUUCAUGCCUAAUAAAUAUUUCCGAUUUGCACUUACGACUUGGUUUGUUUUCAAUAAUUUGGUCCACAUAUAUAAAACAAACUUUUGAAGUAGUAUGUCGAUUAAUUAACAAGGUUGGGCGAUUACCGAAAGAUCCAUUAUGCCUACAAGACGUGGGAUUCAACAAUGCCCAUUUAACAACAUUUCUCAAAAUUGCAACCGAUUUUCUGAGCUGCUUUUUAAAAUGCACUUCUAUUUCUAAUAUUGACACAAAAAAAGAAAUUAAAUAUGAAAACAUAUGGGAAGAGAGUACGCCAUCCUUGGUUGAAGUCGCUCAAGAUGCCAAAUGUGUAGAUUGUGAUAUACUUAAUUUGAAUUAUCAAAUCGCCUGCACUAUAUACUAUAUGUGUCAUUUUAAUAUUAAAUCUUCAAAACCACUUGAUACAUUAUAUGAUAUUGAUUAUCAGUACAUAUUUGAAGCACUUGCUGGUAAUCCAGUCCACCGGGAUAUAAGCUUAAAAGCUUCCGAAAAAAUAAGAAAUCCCAGAAUGAAAUUUAUCACUAAAUUAAUUCGUGCCUCUAUUGAAACCAUUUCCCAAAUUGAAAGCGAGAGUCCUAUUAAAAAUUAUAAUAAUGAAGAAUGUAAUAUUUGGAUGGAAAAAAUUCUAGAAUUAGCUGAACUAUGGAAUAUUGAAAUCGACUUCGUGAAGCGGCAACAAGUAGUUGCCCUGUAUCAUAUGGGCUAUGAUACACUGGCAGAAAACGAACUAAGUCUUGUGAAAGUACCAGAGUUAGUACUGCAACCGAUAUCGGCUAUUAGUAUUCAAAGGUUGAAGCGGAGUCUAGAUCAGUCCAGUAAUCAACCUGAAUGGAUUGUGUCUAUAUCACCAAAUCUUUAUAAACGUCUUCAAAACACAGUAUUGGAUACGUCUAUUCCAGCUUACCCCUCAUUGCAAACUACGAAAUCGGUGCUCCAGAAGUUACUUUUACAAAUAGACGAAAAAACUACUAAUUUGCCAUCAAAUUUACAAAACGUUUACAAAAUAACAGAGCUUAUAAUAGAAAACUGUGAAGUUUUAGUAAAAGUUUAAUGUUGUUAAUUUUUUUUUUUUAAUAUUGUGUAGGAACGUGUCUGGAUGGGGUUCAUUCGCUAUUUUUUUUCUUUUUGCUUGCAGCGUUAUCUAUUGAUUUGUUUAAUGAGCAAAUGAUAUCAAUGUGUCGUUCGAUUUCGAUUAGGCUCAGACUUCACACACUUUGCGUAUUUUUUGUUUAAAUGUUGGCAGUUAUUCUGUUUAUUGUAUUGAGCUCACGAACUAGUGUUCAAGAUUCAAAAUAGCGAUUUGUAGUAAACAGUGCUAGAAAUUCUAAGUUCGAGUUUAAAAUGUUGACGCCAUUAUUGAUUUUCAAGUUAAGGGGGGGAGUAGUGCAGGCCUGUCUCAUAUUAUGUAAAAAAUAUAGUUUAAAAGCAAAAACGGCCAAGUGCGUGUCGUACCACGCGCAGUGUAGGGUUCCGUAGUUACCACAAUAUAUUUGAGCAGGAGUUUUUAUUUUCUAUAUAAGAAAUUAGUAAAACCAAAUAAUAUCAAUCUUUGUAUCUCAACUAAAAUACCUAAAUCACGAACCCUCUGUCCUGUUCUGAUUACCAUCUUAUCUCCAUAUUACCAUUCCUCUUAAAAGUCCUUGAACACCUUGUCCAUAAGCAGCUCUCUCUGCAUUUGUUGUCCAAUAACCUAUUAAACGCAUUCCAAUCCGGCUUUAGGCUAGGUCAUAGCACCGUUACUGCUCUUAUUCAGGUGACUGAUGAUAUCAGGCGUGCUAUGGAGAAUAAGUCCCUCACAUUAUUAUUGCUUGCUUGAUUUCAGUAAUGCUUUCAAUGCAGUUGACUUCGACAUUCUUCUAGGCAUACUUGACUUCUCAGUCGGUGCUGGUUCGAUUACUAUCUCUGAGACCGAUCCCAAAGUAUCCGAAUAAAUGACAACCUCUUGGACAGGUGCACAUUAUCUACGGGAGUUCCUCAAGGAGGCAUCUUAUCCCCGCUACUUUUUUCACUUCUUAUCAACACCGUAACCAAAUCUUUAAACUGCAGCUAUCAUCUCUACGCCGACGACUUGCAAUUGUAUCAUCAUUUCCCCGUUUUCGAUGUUAACGGGGCUGUAUCGGCUCUGAAUGAAGAUUUACAUUGCAUACACAACUGGGCUAAAUCGUAUGGGUUGCGUGUAAAUCCCUCAAAGUCUAAAGCUAUGAUAUUAGAAUGGACAUAUAUGACGAAAUAAUUGGAUUUGAAGUUGCUGCCACCCAUGGUAUUUGAUGGCUCAAUUAUUUCUUUCUCCCUUACUGCCAAAAAUUUAGGAAUCACGUUUGACAGCAACCUAAAUUGGAAAGCUCACGUUAACGAAGUCAGUCGUAAAGUAUUUUCCUCUUUUCACACAUUAAAAUCCUUUCAAUGCUAUUUCCCGAUUGAAACAAGAAUUUCUUUGGCCCAGUCACUGAUUCUCCCCAGUGUGGACUACGCAGACGCCUGUUAUCUGGACAUCACAGAGGAACUUUUGACUAAGCUUGAACGAGUACAAAAUUUGUGCAUACGUU